UUUGAAGCUUCCUCCCUCCCUUUCUCUCUCUCUCUCUCUCUAUAUAUAUAAUGUAUAUAUAGCGUAUUUAUCUCUCUUACUACCUGGACAUAUAGUUCACGAAUUUCUAUGUUGUAAUCUAAUCAAAAAUUUUAGAUUAGGUUUUUUGGUAUUUUCUUAAAUUGUCGCGUAGUGGAAUACGAAUUUGAAAUGCGGGAUGAUUUAAGCUGAGUCUCGGAGCAUCGGGAGCUGGAUUUGCGAUCUGCGGUUGUUGAUUUUGAAUUCGCGAAGAGGAACGACGACGUAUGCUCUGUGUUCUGAGGUUUUCGGGAGUGAAACUGAGGUUUUGAGUGGGUAUUUGGAGGUUUGGUAAUGGAUUGGAGGGUUUAGGGUUUGUGUAUGUGACAAUGGGGAGUUUAAGGAGGUCGAUGAUGACGGAGAAGGAUGAGGAGCUCGCACUGUUCAAUGAAAUGCGGAGGCGAGAGAAGGAACGGAACGAUCUUCUUCUUCUCCAGAAAUCCGAUGAGUUUGAUGCACUUCUUGGAUCUAAGACUGGCAAUUCUCCUAUUUUUAACGUUGGGGUGGCAUGCACACCAGCUCGGAAGACUGUUACCGAUGAAUUCCUCAAUUCUGAGAACGAUAAAAAUGACUAUGAUUGGCUUCUAACACCACCCGGCACUCCCCUUUUUCCUUCGUUGGAGAUGGAGUCGCAGAAAACAGUGAUGAGUCAGUUUGGAAACCUGAAAGCGCGUCCAACUGCACUGAAAUCGAGACUAGCGAAUCCACCUGAGCCCACUGUGAGAAGCAACUUAACAUCAAGACAGGCAUCUUCUUUGCCGGGGUUGAAUACUUCAAGUACAGGUGUCAGAAGACCUUCUUCUUCUGGUGGUUCAAGACCUUCAACUCCUACCGGCCGAUCUACAUUGACCGCGUCCAGAUCCACCUUGACCUCAUCAAGUAAACCGGCAUUGAACACUGCUUCUAAAACAACGUCAUCAACUGCAACCUCAUCUAGACCUUCCAGGUCUGCAACACCUACUUCUCGUGGUACACUACCGUCAACUAAGCCCACAGUUACUCCAAGAUCUUCAACGCCUGAUUCAAGGUCCACCGUGAGGUCCUCUACGCCAACUAGGCAGCCUAAUCCUGGAUCAAAGCCCACAUCCAGGGCAGCAACACCUACUCGAAGGCCAAUGACAUUGUCGACUGGAACAAAUAUAUCUGCUCCUCCUGUCCGGUCUCCGUCUUCCUCUUCAGUUGCCAAGCCUUCUACCACUGCAAUAAAAAACCCAGCACCACCACGCGCUAGUUCUCCAACUGUGAAACCCAGACCAUGGAAACCUUCGGAUAUUCCGGGUUUCUCCCUUGAUGCUCCACCAAAUUUGAGGACGUCACUAUCUGAUAGGCCAACUUCAGCAACUAGAGGUAGACCUGGUGUACCUAGUGCCCGCUCUUCAUCUAUUGAACCUGUUGCGAAUGGAAGGGUUAGACGACAAUCGUGCUCUCCGUCAAGAGGACGCCCUCCUAAUGGACUAAUACAUAGUAGUGGAAGCUCUGUUCCCAUUCCAGCUAUGAGCCGGUUACAUGCUAAAGCUAAUGACAAUGUGAGCCCUGGAUUGAUUGGAACUAAGAUGGUUGAAAGAGUGAUAAAUAUGCGGAAAUUGGCUCCGCCAAAACAAGAGAAUAAACAUUCCCCGAAUAGUAAUUUGUCUGCCAAGUCCUCAUCACCUGACAGCGCGGGCUUUGGAAGAAAUCUCUCUAAAAAGUCUUUGGAUAUGGCCAUAAGGCAUAUGGAUAUAAGGCGAACAAUUCCAGGUAAUCUACGACCAUUGAUGGCUAAUAUUCCAGCAUCAUCUAUGUACAGUGUGAGAACAGGACCUAAUAGAAGCAGGGCAGUGAGCGUUUCUGAUUCACCGCACGCAACAAGCAGUAAUGCUAGUUCCGAAGUGAGCGUUAAUAACAAUGCCCUUUGCACCGAUGGAAAUGAAGUUGAUGAUGAUAUUUGCAGCUAUAGAAUUGCUCAGUCCCCUGCCACCAUGCGUGGUAGGUGAUGUUCGGCUUGUCCUGCUGAAACAGUUGAGCGUUUAAGCAUCCUUGUCUCCACGAGAACGAGUAUGGGUAUGGGUAUGGGUAUGUAAAGGUGCAUGCAUUGGUUAGAUGUUGUAAUUGGAAGGUCUUGUAUUAUUAGAAAUCCCAGUUAUGGUGAAACCAUUGCACCUUUUGUUCAUGACAAGAUUAUAUGUUGAACUAGCCUCUGGUUUCACUUGCAGCCUGCUUUUUAUGUUUCUUGGAAAGAGGGUUUUAGUUUGACACUA